UCCACAGUUUCUCCUGUUUUCUUCCAGAAUUGUCUGCAGUCACCUCUCUAUCCACACAAUCAUCUCUAUCCACCUAUGCAUUUGUUCAGCUCUUUUUUUCCUAUUUAUGUAUAUAACUAGCUAUUGAUCCACCCAGCCAUCCAUCCGUAGAAAAAUCAGGAUUGUUUAAAUGAAUGGUUAUCACAAAUACAGCAGUUCAGAGGAGGCUUUAGGAGUCAGUAGCCUGGGUCCCCAGGCCAGCCACCAACCCACUUUAUAACUUUGGCCAAGAGGCUCUGCUGCUCUCAGCCCGCUUCCCCCUGUGUACGAUGAGGCUGACCACACUCCCAGGGGCGGUGCAUGCGCCCUGGAAAGUGGAGACAUGGAGCUGAUGGAAAGUCCUGUGGAGGGUCUGCUCUGCACUCAGGCCUGCAGUGAGGGAAGACCCAGUGUGGUUUUCUACCCAAAUGAGGGGAACAGAAGAGGGCAAAGGGAAGAAAAGAAGGGAUGCUGACAGAAGAGGAGAGCCAGAUUCCAGCACAUUCUUUCGCAGUGGCUCUGAAGUGAGAGAAAUUGGAGAAAUUCUCCGUGCUCAGGAAAAGGUAGAGGCAAAGAUCGACUUAAAGAUGGGUGACACGAGUGUUACUGAUCAUAAGCUACAUGUGGAGAAAAUAAUUAAAAAUAUUAAUACAAUUUCUCUGGAGUUGAAGAAGAUAAAAGAGCUCUCCCAGUUAUUGCUUUGUGACCUUACCCUACAUUUUAAUCAUCCCAUGAAGACUGAGAACUUAACAGAAGCAGAAAGAAACGACCCCCUCUUUGAAGAGGCUGAAAUAUCAGAUGUAUCCCUUGUUUCUAACAGUUUUUCUAUCUGAUUUCUUAUUUGUUUGUUGUGAGUUUAUUUUUGAAUUAACAAAUAUUUGGGAGAAUUGAGUUUACUGAUUUGUAUAUAUAUAAUUUAAAACAAAAUUAAAAUAAUGU